CAAGUGUCUGUUGAGAACCCCGCCCUUGUGGGGUGGGCACUUGAGGUAAUAUUAAAUGAGUUUGGUUUAUAUUGUGUACCUCUUCCACAGAUGCGCUCAACUUCCACUUCCAAAGAAAGUGCACCGUGUAAGUCAAACACACUGAAGUUUUUCUCGCUAAAACAGGUGCAGUGACCAAAAACAAGGGGAUAGAACCUAAACCAAUGCAUUAGAGGAGGAUGAAACUACAGGUGUUUUCCGCAAGUCAUUCCACUGAACCCUUGGCGGAAUUCUGCAGUAAAGGCUCUCUACUACCCGUUGAAGAGGAGCUGGGCUCAGAUGGGGACAUCGCUCCGAACAGCCCUCCCCAGGUGCCUGUUGCUGAGCCAGACGCGGCAAAAACGAACAAAUCCUACACACGCCGCCCAAAGCCGCCCUACUCCUACAUCGCACUCAUUGCCAUGGCAAUCCGGGACUCAUCCACCGGUCGCUUAACGCUCGCCGAAAUCAAUGACUACCUGAUGAAAAAGUUCCCAUUCUUUCGCGGGAGCUACACUGGCUGGCGAAACUCGGUGCGGCACAACUUGUCCCUCAACGACUGUUUCUUGAAGGUGCUGCGCGAACCCGCCCGUCCAUGGGGAAAGGACAAUUACUGGAUGCUCAACCCACACAGUGAGUACACUUUUGCCGACGGGGUGUUCCGUCGGAGGCGGAAACGCAUAGUCGGCAAGAAAAGAAGCCUUGAUGACCCUGAGAGGCCCGAAAAUGCCUGUGACCGAACCCACGCACGCGUGUCGCCUGCAGCAAUGCGCAAUGGGAGUAGGUUCACCGGCCCGUUCGCCAUUGACAGCAUCCUCAGCACUCCUGUUAAACAGAGUCGACGAGAUGAAAUCACACUGGACUGCAGAUCCAGACUUGGCAACGGAUUUCACUGGACUCAGGUGCAGCAACUGCCACAUCUCAUGACUUAUCUCGCUCCCGGUGCCGCCUCUACCACAGAUCCCCAUAUCGCUACCGACGCGGGCGGCAUUGUGUGGUCAGACAUGCCCGAAAUUCCGAGUGUCCUGGUGGCCUCGAACACGAGUAUCAAUUCUUCCCACAUGACGUCAGAGGGAUUCCCUCCGUCUGAUUCCAGGAUACAGGCGGCCGCCUGUCGCACCAACAGCCAGUUCUCUUUCAGAAUAGACUCCCUCUUAUCUUAAGCUGAGUUUUCUGUCGAACGAGCAUAAUAAAUUUACUGAAUUGUGACCUGGAAAGAACAAAAGUCUGUAAUGGGCCAUGUGCAAAUAGUUGUGGUAUU